GCCGUGCAUUGCCGUGCAGCGCCGUGCGGUGCCGUGCUAGGGGGAGCAGGGCCCGCGGCGGCGGCCGAGCCCAGCCGAGCCCAGCCGAGCGCUGCCGAGCGGUGCCGAGCCCAGCCGAGCGGUGCCGAGCCCAGCCGAACCGCGCCGGGAUGGCGGAGGCGGCGCAGGGCCGGGUGCAGGCGGCCGUGGAGGGCGCGGUGCAGGCGCUGGAGCGGGAGCGGAUCCGCGGCAUGCAGGGCGCCAUGUUCCGCUGCAGCGCACGGUGCUGCGAGGACAGCGCGGCCUCCAUGCAGCAGGUGCAGCGCUGCAUCGAGCGCUGCCACGCGCCGCUGGCCCAGGCGCAGGCCAUUGUCACCGCCGAGCUCGAGCACUUCCAGGACCGGCUGAGCCGCUGCACGCUGCAUUGCAACGACAAGGCCAGGGACGCGCUGGAGGCGGGGGGCACGGAGGCACGGGUGCGUGGCCAGCUGGAUGCCUGCCUGGCUACCUGCGGCGACGACCACCUGCGCCUGGUGCCCGCCAUGGCCAAGAAGAUGCAGGAGGGGCUGGCGGCCCUGCAGCAGUAG